CCGCCGCAAUCUACCAGGAUUUUUGAUUGGAACAUAAAACGGCAGCACGACUCGACGGUGAGUCUGAUGACAUUAUUAAAUAAUACAAUUCAUAUCGAAUAAACUUUUUAUUUGUAAUCGACACUAGUCAAGUUUACGGAAGUUUUUACUUGGAAUAACGUGCGACUUGCAUCCUAUAAAAUUUUGGAGCAAGUUCACAAAAAAGAGAAAUAAAAAGUGAAAUGAAAUCUAUCGAACGAUAGAAUUUUGAGUAUAAGACGCACGAUAUUGAAUAGCAAUAUGACUCGGAGCGAUUAAAAAUGAAUUUACGACGCUAUUAUUGGUAGUUAUCGCGACGUAAAUGCGAUAGGUGUGUACGUGUGCGCAUGCACACAGAACUGUGCUUGGUGCGCGGAUGUGUAUCACGCUGGCGCAUGUCAACUCGCGUGUCGCCGCUAUCAGUUCGUCUGCCAGCAGAAGGGCAUCUCUCGAGGUUUUUAAAUGAUGCUCGCGAGUUGUCCAUAAAUAUACGUGCUCGGAGCGCCCAAGUGUUGUGGCUUUGUCUCAAGCAGCGUCGCGAGGAUGGCCGAAUCGAACGGUCCGAUUCUUCACGUCAUCGUCAUCGGAUUUCAUCACAAAAAAGGCUGUCAGGUGGAGUAUUCGUUUCCACCGUUGGUGCCUGACGCGCCCAACGAGUGCCCCUUAGGAUGGAAGUACCUGCCCACGCUGGCCCUACCUGACGGUUCCCACAACUACGACGAAGACACAGUCUAUUUUCACUUACCUAGUCUCAACGAUCCGAAACGUACGAUAUACGGCAUCUCGUGUUUCAGGCAAAUACCGGUCGAGAAACUCAAAAACCGCACAUCCGACAUAACAAGAGGCACGGUUCAGAAGUCGGUUUGCGUGCUGAGCACUCUGCCGCUGUACGGGCACAUUCAAGUAAAAAUGGCGCUAAUAACCCACGCGUACUUUGAGGAAGGUGAUUUUAGUAAGGUGUCUUUAUUGAAGGAUACCUACCAUCAUCUAAACUCGUGUAUGAGUAGUGAAAGUCAGAUACCACCACAGAUUUUUGUCGGUUUAUCCGCAAGAGAUUUCAUACUGCAAUUUCGUCACAAAGUAUUGCUAUUAUUUAAGUUACUCCUACUUGAGAAGAGGAUAGUUUUCUACCAGUCGCCUGUACAGCCACUGUGCACUACGAUACUGACUCUGUUGUCGCUGUAUCCUGGCAUGAUCGAACAUGGUCUUCAGCAAGCUGCAUGCGUUAGACCCUCCAGACCAAUGUCGCCAAUUCCGACCUUCGACGAGGAGGAAAUCUCGAGCAACAAAGUCGUCGACUCCAACUUGUCGUGCACUUCCAUCGUCAGAGACAACAUGUCCAACUCGGAGCAUGAACAGUGCAAUGAUAACAGCAACAGGAACUCUCUGUGUCUCAACGACAACAAGACCCUCGAGUCCAUGGAGGGCAAGUGUCUGGACGGACUGCGGCACGUGACUAUACAAAAGAAUAACAACGAUAACGAAAAUCUGAACAUGAAAGUUAUCGAGAUCGAGUCGGCGCAAGAGUGCACGGAGUCCUACAUGGAGGAGAGUAACAACUCCAAGUAUUCCCCAAAGUCGAACGACAACGUGCACAGGGUGCACAGCGUGAACGCAAUCACCCUGGGCACGGGCGACACGGAUAACAGUUUGCCCCGCGACACGAGUAACGACGCGCUCUCCGACGUGAGGCUGACGAACAACAUCACGCAGAUCGCGCACAUCAAUCCGGAGCUGUGCGGCUUACCUUUGGAGCUAUUUAUGAAAGGGUACCUCUGCUUGCCCUACCUAUCCUUGCCGUAUUUGGAUCUUUUGGGCGACGUUAACGUCAGAGGAUACGUGGUGGGCGCUACGAAUGUACUGUUCAAACAGAAGAAGCAGCUUAUUGACGUUCUAGUUGAGGUCGAGAACACGCGGAUAGAGACGACCGACCCCGAGCUGAGGCGACAGUUGCACCUGACCACUGAGGACUUGAGAUUCGCCGACUACGUCGUGAGACACGUCGCCGAACCGCGGAAAGACAUAUUUCUGGACGGGGUCGGCUGGGAGGGCGGUGACGAGUGGAUCAGGACGCAGUUCCGAGUAUACUUGUUGAGCAUGCUGCGUACUUCCGUGCAGCAGGAUACGCGCCAGUCCGAUCACUACAACGCGGCGUUCAUGUCCGCGUGGCGCGGCACCAACAACUACAAGGCGUGGUACAACGCCAGCAAGCCGGAAAUACACAAUAUCGAGCCCGGUCAUCCCUUUGCCGGCCAGCUGUCGGUGCAGGAUAUGAAACUACGCUUGUCGCACACCAUGCAGAAUACGGAAAGCGGUAGAAAAUUGAAUCAAGCGAUGGCGUCGACUGGACGCGCAGUCGCGACCACUGGCAAGGCUGUAGGGGGAGCGCUAUCGCAAGCGAAGGGGGCGUUCUCGAAUUGGUGGAGCACGCUGACGACAGUUCAGCCGGUCGACGAGACAAAGACUGACAAUCAAACGGCAAACAACCAUCACACAGUAUGCGGUGUCACAGAUAAAGAUUCUAUCGAGGAUGAGGAGAUGAAUGUCUCUACUGCUAAUAACGCUGACAUUACCAUAGAUCUUGAUUAAUAUAAAAACGUACGCGCGAGAGAGAGAGAGAGAGCGAGAAUGAAAAUAAAAUUUAAAAAAUACAAGAUAUUAAACAUCAAUAAGGAGCAUAUAAUACAGCUUAAAGAUAUAUAAAAUUGAGACGAAAAAGACUUUUGUUUCCAGAAUGUAGGACGUGCUUGUUAAAGGCUUGUAAUGGUCGGAUUUUUUAGAGCAUCCCAUUUUUCAUGAGAAGAAACACGAGGUAAGGAACCGGCGUACAUGUAAACAUAUACGUAUGUACAAUUAUAUUAGCAUAGAUUAUGAUACAGUAUUUUGCAAGGAGUUUGUUAAAUCUGCAAACUGAGAAACCGAGCAGAAGUUGCUCAGGCUGACGUAUCACUGAUUAAGUACAUAGAUGUAGUUUAAUCAUUUUGCCGAAUGUAUAUAAUUUCUUACUGGUUUACUUACUGGUGUCUGCAAAAUAUGUGAUAUAAUUUUGUUACACACAAACGUACAACUGUUGCUUUUUCUUUAACUUUUUCAUUGCAUGCUGCCUAGAAUUUAGCGAUGCGUUAAAUUUCAAUUUGCCAUUGAGUACCGGAGACAGUGUUUCCUACAGAAUAAAGGCAAUCAAUGAUAAAUCUUGCUCGUCUUGUAAGACACGUAUACACUAUAACAGAAAUAUUAUUGUUUCAUUUAUACAUUGAUAAACUCUCGCUUAAGAAAGUACCUGUAUUCUUUGUACAUAAGAAAUAGUACAUCGUUAUAUUUACGCGCACAUUUACAUCGCGAUUAUUAUUAAAGCGAUUUUGUUGCGCGUACUACGCGUAUUAUUUUCAUAAGAUUUUUAUUUAAUUUAUUGCUCAAAUAGGAAGAAAAUGGUCUCCCUUAAGCGGAGGAAUGGUGUAUUUGAUAUACGCCGAGUCGUACAUUAUCAUAAAUUCCUAUUUACAGGGUUUUAAUAUUUUGUAUUAUCACGGAUAGUGAAUUAUAGGUAUAUAGAGAAUGGAACACCCGACAAUGCGUAAACAUUUUAUAUCGUUGCAUAAUUCAUUUCACUUGCAUUAGGACUAAUCUCGUUAUUGACAAUAUCGAUAUCUCCAUUCAUUAUCGAGAUUACAUUGUACAAUUAAUUUUCGUAUAUGACAUGACGAUUCUUGUAAUUUGAUAGUAACUCACUUUGAUAGUAAUCAUAGGUAGUCGCUAAAGUAAACUUCUUCUAUCUGUACCGUUCUUAUAUUCAUCGGAAUAAAUUGUUAGCUUUAUGAAGAUCGCAGACGAUUAUUCUUGGAAUGAAGAGCUGCUGUUAGUUGUAUCAGCUUUACGUUUCAAUUAAAAAUCCAUAUAGAUCAUUUAUAGCAUUCUAUUAGCAUAGUUACAAUGAUAGCAACGUAUUCGAUUGUAGUAAGAAUCUUUUCCUUCGCUAUGAUAUUUGUAGAAUUAUGCGAAGAAUUUUCUAAUAAAGAUAAUGAAAAGAUUUGUAAUGAAAUUAGUAAGAAACAAUUUGACUCUUUAAGUGGGAUAUGUAAUACUCAAACAAUUUUUUAUACCACUUUUGUGUUAAUUAAGCGGCGGUAUUUUAAAAAUAAGUAGCGCCAUAUUUAUUAGCGUUUAUUAAGUCUUACGAUAUUUUGUAACAAGAUAAUGUGAUAUAUAUACAUAUACAAAAUUUAAUUUAAUGAACUUAAUUCCGAAAUAUAGCUAUUUUAUAUUAGGUCGUUGCAUAAUUUCUAUCGUAUUUUCCGAUAAAAUUGAAAUUAAAAAUAUAAUUUUAACAAAGAAUUUAUUUAACAAUAUAUAUAUUUUUUGGCUAUUUUUAUCUACGACAGCUUAUCAAUGCCGGACGCAAAAAAGUUUUCAUUUUUUUCAUGCAAGAAUUCUAAACGGUGCAUUAUCCACGUCAUCACUUGAAAAUUUUUUCUCAUUAAAAAAAGUAAGGUGGAUGGGAAGGAACUUUGUAGCCCAGCUUAUUUAGUUUCUGUUUGGUCUUAAGUGCGGUGAUCGGAUGUUAUCACUUUCAACAUGAUUGGUCGUUUUUCCUUGAUUUUUGUAUCUAAUCAUCAACUGCUCCUAGUAGAUAAUGCAUUAAUCAGGUGGCAGACGCUCACAAUGUAUAAGUCCUUUUCUGUCCCAGCAGAUAUAGGGCACUCUUUUUUGUUGGUAGAUACUAUUCCUGGAAACAGGUAGGGCCUUCUCAUAGGGCACUUCGCUUUUUUCUGACUGGAUUAUCGUAUGUAAUCCAUUUUUUGUCGCGAUUGACCGGUCCAAAAAAGGCUAAAAAUUGUGCCAAGAGCACAUGCAUGAUGAUACGGAUGGCCAAAUUAGUUUCGCUACAUUCAUGCCCAUCGUCCAAUCUUUUGAACAUGUCCCAGUUUGUUUACAUAUCGAGAUACUAAUUUUUUCACUAUGUCCCUGCUAGAUAAAAAUGGAUUUUCAAGAAGUAGGGCCGUUAAGAUAUCGUCAUUAAAGUCCGAGUGCCUGUCGGUAUGCGGCUCAUCUUCGAGAAAUUUCGAGAACCAUCAUUAAAUUGUUCCAACGUCUGCACCAUCUUCCCCUAAUGUCGUACACAAUUCUAUCGUAACUGCAGUUGCAUUACUGCCCUGUUGAAACUCGUAGAGCAUGCAGUGUUUUAGAUUAAUUCGGUGUUUAAGCACUGAAAAUUUAAGAAGAAUAAAUGUAAAUUUCAAAAGCACGUCCUAUAAAGAUUAACAAUUAAAAAUAGUAUGCAACCAAUUCAGCAGCGUAGUUAAACAAACAAAUCUAAUAAUAAUUUAUUGCGCGUCGAAGAUAAGCACACGAAAUGUAAGACCAAGUCCUUUCUUUUUGAGUCAAGAAGUUUAUAUAUUCAAAUAAAUUAUUUGAUGAGCGCACGAAAUACGACAGAAAUUAUGUAUAUAUUUUAUGUAAAUUAUAUAUAAAUUAAAUAUAUUUGAUGUAAUAAUGAUAUAUAAUUAUCAACAAUUGAAUGAAGCUUCAAUCUGGUAUUUAAAUUUUGUUUCAAGUUGUUAUUUAAUAAAUAAAAAGCAGAUACGUACAUAGACUCUAUGUAAACUGUUUAUUUCGAAAAUGAUUGAACAGAUAUUUAUAAUUUAAUAAUAGUAAUAAGUACUUUCUUAUUUAAAGUCCCUCGAUUAACUUUAUUUUCAGAAUAAACGGUUGACAUGUCCGUCUAGUAUUUAAGUUAUCAUAAGAGAAUACGUUGUGUUUGUGAUAUAUUUAGAGUUUUACAACAAUUCGCAAUUCAAGUUGAAUCUUCGAGAUUCGAUAUCUCGAAUAGGAUACAUUUUUAUUUAUAUAAGUGGCGUGCCAAAUAUAAGACGUUUACGUUUUUAAAGCAAAUAUCGAUUAUUGGACGAUCUAUCCGAAAAAGACGCAAAAUGCAUUUUGUAAUUAAAUAAAUGGCGCAAGUUUAGGUAAAAUAACGAUCAAGUUACCAGUCGAGAGAGCGCGUUAAAAGUUUAAUAAUUUCAUAGUAUGUUUCUGCAUUCUCUUGAAGAUCGCUUGAAAAUCUGAAGACCACUCGCUUGUCGCAUAAUCGAAUAUAUUUUCUAUAUUUGUAACACGAGUUUGUACAGCUUAGGGAGGUGUAAAGAGAUUAAACGUCGCGAUCAAGAAUUUAUUGUACCGUACCGUACCGUACUGUAUUAUUGUAUGAUUGUAGUAUUGCCAUUAGUCAAAGUAUUAAAAAGAAAUAAUAUAUCCUCUUCUGAAUCUA